CUAGAGGAGUUCCAAGCAUCUCUCCCUCAGAGUGUUGAACCCCAAUCAGAUCUCUACCACGAUUUUCUCUCUCCUAGAGAGGUUUCAACGUUUUAGCUAGUCGCCAUGGCAAUGGCAAUGGCGAUUAGGGUUUCUCUUCUCUUUUUCCUCCUCCUUUCUUCUUCUCUCCUCGUUUUUUCUCUCUACGAAGAUCAAGCUGGCCUCACUGACUGGCAUCAGCAAUACUUAGGGAAAGUAAAGCAAGCAGUUUUCCACACUCCGAAGGCGGGGAGGAAGAGGCUUGUGGUGUCCACUGAGGAGAGCGCCAUCGCGUCGCUCGAUCUUCGCCGCGGCGAGAUUUUUUGGAGGCAUGUGCUUGGGGACAAUGAUCGGAUUGAUCACAUUGAUAUCGCCCUGGGAAAAUAUGUCAUUACACUCUCGUCAAAGGGAAGUAUCAUUAGAGCAUGGAAUCUUCCGGAUGGUCAGAUGGUGUGGGAGUCAUCCCUUGUUGGCAAGAAUCCCUCAGAAUCAUCAUUGUUGACAGUGAUUGAUUUGAAGGUGGAGCGUGAUAAUGUAAUUCUUGUUUAUAGUAGUGGUUGCCUUCAUGCAAUUUCAAGUGUUGAUGGUGCAGUAUUAUGGAAUAUGGAACUUGAAAGUGUGGAGCUUAAACGGUUGAUCAAGCCUGUUGAUGGAGAAGUCGUUUAUGCUGUAGGGUUUUCAGGCUCUUCUAAGUUACAUUCCUAUGGAAUCAAUAUCAAGACCGGUGAGUUACUCAAGCAAGAUGUUGUAGACUUUCCUGGUGGCUUCUCUGGGGAAAUAUCUCUAGUCUCCAGGGAGAUUUUAGUAGCUCUGGAUGCUCGUCGCACAUUACUGGUAAUAAUAAGCUUAAUAGAUGGAAAAAUCAGUUUCGAGAAGACAGAUAUCCAUGAUCUUGUUCCACAAUUUUCUGGAAGAGCAGAUAUGUUGCCUGUAAACCUAGAAGGGAUGUUCGCUCUAAAGUGCAGUUCCUAUAUGGUAUUUUUGAGAGUGAAUGGCCAAAGCAAGCUUGAAAUUGUGGAUAAAAUCGAGGCUUCUGCAGCUGUUAGUGAUGCUCUUGCAUUCGAAGAAGAUCAGCUAGCUUUUGGAAUUGUUAAACAAGGGGGAAAUAACAUUCAUCUCACUGUGAAGCUUGGUCAUGAUUAUAGUUCAGAUAUUCUGAAAGAAAGCAUUCAGAUUGAUCCUACUCGAGGGCUUGUUCAGAAGGUUUUCAUAAAUACUUAUAUCCGUACUGACAGAUCUUAUGGCUUUAGAGCAUUAGUUGUCAUGGAAGAUCACUCUUUAUCAUUACUGCAACAAGGAAACAUUGUUUGGAGUAGGGAAGAUGGGCUUGCUUCAAUUGUAGAUGUAACGACUUCAGAGCUACCCCUGGAAAAGAAAGGAGUAUCAGUUGCCAAAGUGGAGGAGGGUCUUCUUGAGUGGCUGAAGGGACACAUGUUGAAACUUAAAGGAACUCUGAUGCUUGCAAGCCCCGAAGAUAUGGUUGCUAUCCAGGAAUUGAGGUUAAAAAGUUCCGAGAAAAGCAAAUUGACCCGAGAUCAUAAUGGUUUCAGGAAGUUGCUAAUAGUGCUGACAAAAGCCGGGAAAGUUUAUGCACUGCAUACUGGAGAUGGGCGAGUUGUUUGGUCCACUUUUAUGCCUAACUUGCGCAAGUCUGAAGCAUGUGAAUAUCCGGUUGCUCUUAAUUUGUAUCAGUGGCAGGUUCCUCACCAUCACGCUCUGGAUGAGAAUCCAGCUGUUCUUGUUGUUGGCCGCUGUGGGAAUGGAAUUGACGCACCCGGCAUAUUUUCAAUUGUUGACACCUACUCGGGGAAGGAGCUUAACUCUCUGAGUUUGACUCAUUCGGUUGUCGAUGUCAUCCCAUUGCCAUUUACUGAUUCGACAGAAAAGCGUCUUCAUUUAGUAGUAGACGAAAAUAGAAAUCUGCAUUUAUACCCUAAGACUUCUGAAGCGGCUGCCAUCUUUGAGCAUGAAUUUUCUAAUGUGUACUGGUACUCUGUUGAUGCUGAAAAUAACAUGUUGAGAGGACAUACAUUGAAGAGAAAUUGCAUGAGCGAGGUAGCUGAUGAAUUUUGCUUCAGCUCUAGGGAUCUAUGGUCAAUUGUAUUCCCUUCGGAGUCGGAGAAGAUCAUUGCAACUGUUGCUAAGAAAUCAAGCGAGGUCGUGCACACUCAAGCUAAAGUGAUGUCUGAUCGAAGUGUGCUGUACAAGUAUAUUGCCAAAAAUAUAUUAUUUGUUGCUACUGUUGCACCCAAAGGUGCUGGUGAAAUUGGAUCAGUGACCCCAGACGAGUCAUGGUUGGUUGUGUACCUUAUAGAUACUGUUACUGGUCGGAUAUUACACCGUGUGACACAUCAAGGUUCACAGGGCCCUGUCCGCGCAGUUUUCAGUGAGAACUGGGUUGUCUACCACUAUUUUAAUCUCAGGGCCAACCGAUAUGAAAUGUCAGUGAUUGAGAUCUAUGAUCAAUCCCGAGCGGACAACAAGAAUAUUUGGAAGCUCAUUCUCGGAAAGCAUAAUCUUUCCUCACCAGUUUCUUCUUACUCUCGACCUGAAGUUAUGACAAAAUCACAAACUUAUUUUUUCACCCAUUCUGUGAAGUCAAUAUCUGUAACAUUGACCGCGAAAGGCAUAACAUCAAAACAACUUCUGAUAGGAACUAUUGGUGAUCAGGUUUUGGCUCUUGACAAGCGCUUUCUUGACCCUCGGCGGUCUCCAGCCCCAACUGCAACUGAAUUGGAAGAUGGAAUUAUACCUCUUACGGAUACGUUACCUAUCAAUCUACAGGCUUAUGCGACACAUGCACUCAAAGUAGAAGGUCUUAGAGGCAUAGUUUCUGUACCUUCCAAGCUAGAGUCUACUACCCUUAUGUUUGCAUAUGGAGCUGACUUGUUUUUCACCCACCUUGCUCCCUCAAAAACUUACGACUCCCUGACAGAUGAGUUCAGCUAUGCGUUACUCCUCUUAACCAUUUUUGCUCUCGUGGCUGGAAUCUUCGUCACCUGGAUCAUGUCUGAGCGAAAAGAAUUAAGAGAUAAAUGGAGGUGAUUUCCCUGUAUGACUUUUUUUUUCUUUUCAAUUUUGCAUUUUCUUUGAACAACGUUCACUCCUGUAACUUUUAACAAAUUUUGUAGCAUUAUUGUCUCAGAGGUAGCCCAUCGUCUUGUAAAUCUAGAAAUACUGGAGGGUAUUUUCACGUUAUAAGGUUUACUCGCAUUGUUGAACUUAAGUUUGUAGUUAGAACCACUAUCAUGUUUUGACAUCUAAAUUCUUUGACUAUAGAUAUAGUUUCUUUACA